AUGUCUCCGGCUGCCACGGAGGGUCGCACAAUGCAAGCAUUCGUACACCCUCAUCCCAUGCCGCGGCUCUUCCCUGGAGCGAAUACUAAGAAUAACGUGGCAGAUUCAAUGCCAUUUUGGGUUCAUAUGUACCCCGUACAGCCCCUGACAUGCUGGAUGUUGGGAACACCUGCAGGCUCAUACAAUACUUUUGGUGGCACAUAUCAAUUUGCCCCAGAUGGCAACAGGUGGCUCUGGAGGCUGAGUGACAAGCAACCUUCCCGUAUUAUCAGCAUUGAUUUCUCUAUGUUUGCCAAGAGCACGGAGCAAAUCUUCGUGCUUCACGUUUUACACUCAAUAGUGCCAAGUCCCGAGGUCGUGACGCAUUGA